CGUUUGUCGAAGGUGAUCCCCAAAACAGACGUGUGCUAGAUUUCAAACCUGAGUAGUCGUUCCACAACGUUACCGUGGAAUGCGAGAGAUUUUAGCGCAACUUCGACGUAACACAAUAUUUAAACUCUGCACUCUGUCAUGAACGCAACAUCCUGCGAAUUUCCAAUCGCUAGAGGGCUUGUGAUAAGAAAGUGAGCUUCGAACGUCAAUCAUUGCUGCUGGUGGUGGGCACCCAGUCAGCAAUUCAUACAUUUCGUGCGUACAUUUGUAGCGAAUCCUGUUGCUCGAUUCUCGAAAAUUCUUUUGGAGUGCUUUAUAUUCAAACUUUGAGCGUUUAUAGAAGAGGUGAUUUCAAUACAGACUACUCAUUGGAGGACGUAAUUAGGUGUGAAGCAUCUUAAAAACGCAGCCAUCGCGUCAAACCUACGGAAGCUGUAACGACCGCUAUAUCAGCGUUGUGGAAAACAACUUGGGUAGGAUUUCAUCGUCAACCAGGAAGGUAAUAUUAUACCGAAAAACAAAACUGAUUAUCUUUCAAUCAGAGCUUGUGGUAAAGGUAUAACAUUUGUGAUUUGUCUGUCGCUGGACUUAUACCUACGAUCAGUUAUGGAAAUAUAGCUAAUCAAUCUACCCACAAUUCUGACUACAAAACACACAGUAAACAAAGAAAGGGCUCGAGGCCACAUCUACCGAAGGAUAUUACAGUUAAUAUCAUUUCCUAGUGUACUUCGUCGCUUCAUAAACCACGCACACGUAGGAAGGACGUGUUAGUUGGAUUACUGACCUUUAAUACGGAAAGUUUCGUCCUGUUCCUGAAUUCGCUGCCCCCUUGUAGUGUAAAACCCCAAGGUGAACCUCCGGAGAGAACGACAUCAAAGGUCUGCCCUGAACCCUUCGUCUGUGGAUUGAAUUUAUACAUGGUCCCUUAUCGAAUCGACGUACAUCUCCUGGCGUGUAAUUCUAUGGCAUUUCAACGGAAACGUGGUAAAGGAAGAUACUUGUUUUCCUCCGCCGAAUAAAGCUCCCGAACCGGGAAAAAUAUGUGUAUGCAAAUGUCCCUACAUACAAAUAGUGGACCAGCAGCCUUUCCACACACCCUGCGUCAAAGCGAGGCCUGGACACCGCUGUCCUGGGCCUUCCAUGCUGCGUUCGAAAAUCUCAUAUAACGCAAAAUUUGAUUGGUCUAUAUGAGAAAAGAAGCUAAUAGGGACCAAUCAAAACAUUUCUUAUAUUUGAUGAAGUCGCGCGAAUUCGCGGGAAAUCUUGAUUGUUUUGAUGUCUGAAGGGAAUCCUGCUCCGGGUUUUUAUGCAGAAUUUCUAAUAUUCCCUCCCUUCCAAGACUCUCCUUACUUCAUACGAGCACGGAAAUUUGUCGUCGAAGUAAGUCGUGGAUUCGCUUGGCAGUGUGGUUACAAAAUUUUCAAGAAAUUUAACGGAGAAGUGCUACCCUCUCUCAGUGAUCCUCAUAUUGCAAUGUCAAAGCGAGUGCCAACUUCAGCCCAAGAUGUUACAGGGACCGAAAAAGCGGCUAAAUUGACAGAAGUAAACUGCAACAGAGAUGCAUCGUUUAGUAACGGCACAAAGCAAGAAGGCUUCGCUCCACAAACUCCAGCGAAGACUGCAAAGCGAACAGACUAUCUUAGCUGGGACGAGUAUUUCAUGGCGGUCGCAUUUCUCUCUGCACAGAGAAGCAAAGACCCGAGUUCGCAAGUCGGAGCCUGUGUCGUGAAUCAAGAGAAGAAGAUUGUGGGAAUUGGAUAUAAUGGAAUGCCAAAUGGAUGCAGUGAUGAUGAAUUACCCUGGGCAAGACAUGCUUCAAAUGAGCUGGAAACAAAAUACCCCUACGUUUGUCAUGCAGAAUUGAAUGCCAUUCUGAACAAGAACUCUGCAGACAUCAAAGGUUGUACUAUUUACGUAGCCCUGUUUCCCUGCAACGAGUGCUCUAAGCUGAUCAUCCAAGCAGGUAUCAAGGAAGUAAUAUUCUAUUCAGACAAGUACCAUGACCUGCCCAACUGCCAAGCCUCUAGGAAGCUUCUUGAUAUGGCCAGGGUAAAAUACAGACAGUUCAAGCCAAAGGCAAGGGAAAUAGUGAUAAAUUUUGCAAGUAUUGACAGCCCUCCAUCAAAACCCAUCUGCUCUGUUUCUUCACCUUAGUUUUUUUUCCAUUUAGUGAUACCUUUUUAUUAAGAAUUAAAUUGUAGACUUCUAUUUUUAUAUGGUAUGUUGCUAUGUGUAUUCAUCAUUCAAACAAAUUGAGGAUGGUGUCAGAUUGAUGAAAAU